AUGAAGUUCAAUUUCUUCGGCGCCUCCGGUCCGAAGCCAGCAAAAGAGACCUUCAGCAACCGCCGCAAACCAAAGUACACCUCCUCAAGCACUCUACCACCAGAGUCUACACCAAAAACCAACCUUCGCAAAUGCCCUGAAAAUGGCUAUAUUCCUCACUACCGCAACCUCGGUCUCAAAUCGGGUGCAUCAACUGAAGGAAUCAAAGCCGAAUGGCGCCGAACAAUCCUACGUCUCCACCCGGACAAGAUCCGCGAUUCGGCACAGAAGAAAAAUGCCACUGCAGCGAUGAUCUUGGUAAACGAGGCUUAUGAGAAGCUGCACACGAAGGAGGAUUGGUGGCGGGGGGCUCCAAUGAUGACACGAUGA